CUGUCACCAGCGGUGCCGAGGUGGACCACGCGAAGCUUUGCCAGUGCUAUCUCGAGGUCCCCGAUUCGACGAUGUCAAAUCUCACCUGCGUUGCGCGGGCGGGUGACAGACAGACAAUCUAUGAGGAGUACCAAAGAUGCCAUGACUUUGCUGUUGUGCCACCUCGAGCGGCUGGCUGCGUUGACGAGGACAGCUUCUUUCCCGACACCUUGGGUGACUGCAUCUUCCUGCUCGGGAAUGGCCUCACUCCAUUUUAUGCACCGUUCUUCCCCGAUGUCGCCUCAUUCUGCUCAUGGGAAAUGGCUCAGCUGAUGAACACAAGUCUCGAGAAGAACGUUUUUGCUGGAAGCGAUCUCCGGGUUCAGGACUACUGCACCCGCUCCUGUGCCCACGCAUUGUACUCUGAGACGCUCCACCGGCACGCGGGCACGGUGGCCUAUCCCCAUCCUGUGAGCGCAGCGCGCUUCAUCAUCCAAAUCGAGCGCUACCCGCAGACCUUCGUCUAUAACUUUGUGCGUGCCAUGCCUGAGUUCGGCGCGGUGAGCUCAUCCUUUCUGAGCCCUUGAGCUUGUGGCAGGUGGUGCUAGUAACUCUGCUGCUCGUCAUCGCAUGCAUGGCCUUCCUCUUCUCGCGGUCCCACGUCAAUGAGCGCGUCAACUUGACACUCACUGUUUACCUGGGCGUCAUCUUCUUCCAGAUCUUAGUCGUCGAACGCCUGCCGCCCUCGCCGACGAUGACGGUCAUGCACAUGUUCAUGUUCUUAUCGUCUCUCAUGCUGAUGCUGCUCUGCCUCUUCCACCUACUCAUCUGGCUGCUCGACUCGUACCUCACGCGGAAGCGCGCUCAGCAUCGCGCGAUGCAGCGAUGGCAACGCUCGGACCACGCCAUUGAGGCGGUCAUCAAGUUGCAGAGGGCUUGGCGCCGUCGCCGUAUCCUCAAGCACGCCGAGGCACCUCCACGGAUUCCACAGAGCGCUGGCGGCCUGCGGCGCCGCAACACUGUGGCUGUGCGUCGCCUUCCUCUGCCAGUGGUCGCCCGUGCUCCGAGCGCCAGAGGCGAACCCGCUAGGAGUGCGAUGGUCGGGGGCGAGGGGAGUGAGGCGCCACUAGGAAUAAUGAGGGCUGGGCUCUACCUCGAGGAGAUGCGGCGCAAGGAACGGCGGAGGCGCCUGGUCCUGGACAAGCUGCUGUGGGUGGGGCGUCGAGCCAUGCUGCACAUCGACCAGAUCCUCGCCGCAGCCAUUCUUCUUCUCUACCUCGGACUCGUCCUCGGCGUUGCCUUCUUCUACCGCGGCACGCUAGACGAGAAGUGCUCCGAUCCAUGGAGCACAUAGGAGACAGGUCAACGAGUCAACGUAUAAUGAUACUCUAGAGC